CGGAACAAGACUAGCAUUGUAUACUCACAACGCAUCAUUUGCUGCAGAUAGACGGUGUGCGGACAGAGUGCAGACACGGAGACACGAGCCGCCGACGACGAGACGACGUUACAAUAUUAUGCAGCGUUCCUUUGACGUCGGAGUUACACUGCUCGUCGUCCUGACGGCGGUUGGCGAGCAGCUGCAGCACGCGGACGCGGUCAACUCGCCCGCCAGGAAGACGGGCGAGCAGAAGUCGUUCAGCGUGUGGUUUCGCGCCGAGCCCGACCUGCCCCGCAAGAAGGACAUGAAAGCCGACAAACUCAAUCGACUCAUCGGGUCCGAUUACAACGAGAUGUGGAUGAGCAAAACGGCAAUUGUAACGGCAUACCACGGAAACGCAUCGGAUGCGGUCGGCGUCAAGUCAUCGGAGACAUCCGGGCCGGACAACUUACAGUUUCCAGAACAACUUCCGGCCCAGUACCAAGAAAUGAUGCGUACGUGGUUGGUGCACCGGAGCACGUGCCCGGUUGAAUACGUGUGGACAGACCUGGGAAAGUCAUUUUGGCCCAGGUGGAUAAAAAAUGGUCGAUGCGGUCGUUCGGAAACGAUGAGCUGCAGUUGGCCACCGGGCAUGUCGUGCAUGCCAUCGUCUAUAAAAGUACUCAACUUGUUGCGGUGGCAUUGUUGGUUAAAAAAUAGAAAAAAUAAAAGAAAAAAUCGGGAAAGAAAAAUGAUGGAAUUAUUGAAAGUGCACGCGGCAAGAGGCAGGAGAGCUACCGGUCCAAGAAAAAAUAAAAAAAAGGACGAUAAGUUCAGAUGUCUGUGGAUUAAAGUACCAUAUCCGGUGACAGAAGACUGUACGUGUUCGUGUAGAAAACAUGACGAAUAGUCUAAACAGUAUGAGUGUAUAUUCAUUUAUAGUCUGAUGCAAUUUCGUUCUCGAACGUAAUAUAUAAGCGUAUAUAUUAUAAUAAUUUAUUGUUGUACAUUUGAAUAUGAAUGAUAUUUCGUUAGCUUGAACAUAUUAUUGUAUUACAAUAUG